CUUCAGUUUAGCUCUGCCCAGCCCAGCCCAGCCCGGAGCUCUGGGCUGUGUCUGCUCUUGAACUCUGCGCGGGGCCCUCUAGGGUAGAGGAGGGGCGCGCGCCAGCGCGCGCGCGCCAGGCCGUGGGCUUGGUUGUAUAAGCGUGGGGGUGGUACCGCCUCCUCCCCAGACCUCGAGCUGCUGCUGCGUAAAGCGCGGACACUGUGUGCUUGGCCUAGCUUGCUGCGAGCUCCAGCGGACGCGGGGGGCCUCGGGCUUCCGGCUCCGUUUGCAGCCGCCCCCAGAAUAAAAGGCAUAAGCCCAACCAUGGCCCCCAAGAAGAGGAGCCACAGUACCAGUGGUGAGCCAGAGAAGAUGGAAAGCCAGGAGAAUAAAGCCAAGAGGAAGCCCCUCCAGAAACACCAAUUCAGCAAGAGCAACAUGGUUCAGAAAGAGGAGGAAGACAAGAAAGAGGCAGAGAAAAAAGGAGGCGCCGAGGGCCUGCAGGAAGUAGUGAGGCAAUCCAGGCUCCGGACGGCUCACUCCGUGCUAGAAUUCCGUUUUAACAAACAGCGAGUAAGACUCAUCUCCCAGGACUGCCACCUGCAGGACCAUUCCCAGGCCUUUGUGUACUGGAUGUCUCGGGACCAGAGAGUCCAAGAUAACUGGGCAUUCCUUUAUGCCCAGAGAUUGGCCUUGAAACAGAAGCUGCCCCUGCACGUCUGCUUCUGCCUUGCCCCCUGCUUCCUGGGUGCCACCAUCCGUCAUUAUGAUUUCAUGCUUCGUGGCCUGGAAGAAGUAGCUGAGGAGUGUGAGAAGCUGUGCAUCCCCUUCCACCUGCUUCUAGGUCUGCCAAAGGACGUACUUCCUGCCUUCGUGCAGACACAUGGCAUUGGGGGCAUAGUGACUGACUUCUCCCCUCUGCUCCACCACACCCAGUGGGUAAAGGAUGUCCAGGAUGCACUGCCAAAGCAGGUGCCCUUUGUACAGGUAGAUGCUCACAACAUUGUUCCAUGCUGGGUAGCCUCCGACAAGCAGGAGUAUGGCGCUCGAACCAUCCGACACAAGAUCCACGACCGGCUUCCUCAUUUUCUUACUGAGUUUCCCCCUGUUAUAUGUCAUCCAUAUCCUUCGAACAUUCAGGCUGAGCCUGUGGACUGGAAUGCCUGCAGGGCAGGGCUGCAGGUGGAUCGAUCCGUAAAGGAGGUGUCCUGGGCCAAGCCAGGCACCGCCUCAGGCCUGACCAUGUUGCAGUCCUUCAUUGCCGAGAGGCUCCCGUACUUUGGAUCCGACCGAAACAAUCCUAACAAGGAUGCACUCAGCAACCUCUCCCCCUGGUUCCACUUUGGGCAAGUCUCAGUUCAGCGGGCCAUUCUGGAAGUGCAGAAACAUCGAAGCCGGUACCCAGAUUCUGUGGCUAACUUUGUGGAAGAAGCUGUGGUGAGGAGGGAACUGGCAGACAAUUUUUGCUUCUACAAUAAGAACUAUGACAAGUUGGAAGGUGCUUAUGAUUGGGCCCAAACCACUCUGAGGCUCCACGCCAAGGACAAGAGACCCCAUCUGUACUCAUUGGAAGAGCUAGAGUCUGGGAAGACACAUGACCCCCUCUGGAAUGCUGCACAGAUGCAGAUGGUGAAGGAAGGAAAGAUGCAUGGAUUCCUCCGAAUGUACUGGGCCAAGAAAAUUCUGGAGUGGACCCGCUCUCCUGAGGAAGCGCUAGAGUUUGCUAUCUAUCUCAAUGACCGGUUUCAGCUGGAUGGCAGGGAUCCCAAUGGCUAUGUAGGCUGCAUGUGGUCUAUCUGCGGCAUCCAUGACCAGGGCUGGGCAGAACGUGAGGUCUUUGGAAAGAUCCGCUAUAUGAAUUAUGCUGGCUGUAAGAGGAAGUUUGAUGUGGCAGAGUUUGAGCGAAAAUACAGCCCUGCGGAUUAGGGGAACACGAGGGUCCCACACCCACCUCUCCAGUAUUUCCACUUCCAGCUUCUCUCCUUAAACCCAGUUUUGUCCCUGCACAAAGCCCUCUGUCCGGAGGGCAGCGGCUGGGGGACAGUCUGCAGCCCAGGUUCCACUUCUUUUGUUUAAAUGGCUUUUCGGCUUCUGCUGUUUCUUGUUUUUUACCUUCUUCCAAGCAUUGAUGCUUUGUUUUAUGUGACAGAGAAUCUUCCUCUGGCCCUCCAGGGCUUUUUGGUUGUCUGUUUCUAACAGCUUCAGAGAUGUUAAAUGGAAAUUCAUGUCAAACUAGAACCUUGCUUUGUUUCUUUAGGUCCAGCACUCUAAAAGGUUAAAAAUUCCUGUUAUAGGCAGCCUAGGUAUUUAUCUGAGGGCUGCCACUAUAAUAUUCAAAAGGACUUGGUAUCCUGGGAUACACUGCUGUGGGAAGGAUGGUUUUCAGUUCAUCAGAAUGGGGCAAGUCAUUCUAGAUGUGAACUGGACCUUGGUCCUGAGGUUGCCAGCCUACCCAGGAGAACCAAUUACAGUGUGGUGUAUGACGAGAUUUGUUGCCUUGGUAACAGUUACUGGCAAAAACUGGAUGCCUUUCAUUUGGGGAAAUGGUUUAACAAAUGGUAGUACCUGAAUAAUGGGAUUAGUACUGUGCUGUAAGAAAUGAAGAGAGAAGAAUGGAAAGACUGAACUGAUGCAGAAUAAAGUAAGCAGACACAAUGACUACAGUGAGAUAAAAAACCACCACCAAAAAAUCAAAACUGAAUGCUAUGAAAUUAUAAAGACCAAUCUUGGCUCCAAAGAAGAGGAGGAGACACCAUUCCGUGCUCUUUUGUAGAAGCAGCAGACCAUGGGUGUGAAACAUUGCAUAUGUCAUCAGAUGUUUUCUGAAAUGUUUAGUUUUGUGCAGCUUCAUUAUAAAGGAAUGUUCUCUGGGAGGUGGUAGGGGAUGAAUAUGGUAGAAAAUAUAGGAGACAUAAAAACAAAAGAUAUCAAUAAAAAUUUAUUUUUUACAAUA